UUCCUAGCUUAUUCAAAGGUAAUAAAGUACUUCGUAUAUUUAUAAAAGGGACCUAGAUAUUAAUUUGUUUACUGUUUAAGUAAUUCUUUUUUAAAGAUGUCGUUUCUUUCAAUAUUGUUAGUUUCGUCUGCUAUUUAUUUCGCAAAUGCAAGACCGAACCAGCCAGAAGCUAUAGUCUCGUCUCCUAUUGCAACCCUUCCCAAAGUGCAAGCUGCUGACCCAAGUACAGAUGGGUCUGGUCGUGUAUAUGAUGGUCUUCCCGGGUAUCUGGUAGAUAUGUCCAAAAUACUUGACCGAUACGUACCGACGUUUGAUCCAGAUAUGGAUCCUGAGGAGCAGGAAGAAAAGAAGGCACGUAAGGAAAGGAUGGAUGCCUUAGACCGUUGGUUUGGACGAGAAAAUUCGUCGAUCUAAGCUAUAACGACAUUCCGAAGUAUUUCUUUUUUAUUAUUAGUAACAUACGAAACAUUGUUAUUGUUAAUUUUAAGAUUUUAAUGAGUAAAUAGUUAUUUGAAAUGCUUAUUUUGUGGUUUAAACAUUUUAUGUAUGUAUCUGGAAAGGCCUAACACUUAUAGUCACAUCACAUUUGUCCAAGGUACCUAGAAUAGAUAGUCAUAUCAGUUGUUAUUGUAAUUAAAGUUUCUAUGUAUCUACAUUAGAAUACAUGAUAACCUAUUAAAGAUUUAUCGUUG